AUGCAGCGCCCCGGCCCCUUCAGCACCCUCUACGGGCGGGUCUUGGCCCCGCUGCCCGGGCGGGCCGGGGGCGCGGCCUCGGGCGGAGGCGGGAACAGCUGGGGCCUCCCGGGCUCCCACGUGCAGCUGCCGGGGCGUGCACAGUCCGGGACCCGCGGCGGCACCCGCAGCUCCGGCACCAACGGCCCGGGCUCCAGCGGCGCCUGCCCGGCCCCCUCCACGAUGUCCAAGGCCGAGGAGGCCAAGAAGCUGGCGGGUCGCGCGGCGGUGGAGAACCACGUGAAGGACAACCAAGUGCUUGGAAUUGGAAGUGGUUCUACAAUUGUCCAUGCUGUGCAGCGAAUAGCUGAGAGAGUGAAACAAGAGAAUCUGAACCUCGUCUGUAUCCCCACUUCCUUCCAGGCGAGGCAGCUCAUCCUGCAGUAUGGCUUAACCCUCAGUGACCUGGAUCGACACCCAGAGAUUGACCUCGCCAUCGACGGUGCUGAUGAAGUGGAUGCUGAGCUCAAUCUCAUCAAGGGCGGUGGGGGCUGCCUGACCCAGGAGAAGAUUGUGGCUGGCUAUGCCAGUCGCUUCAUUGUGAUUGCUGAUUUCAGGAAAGAUUCCAAGAAUCUUGGGGAUCAGUGGCACAAGGGAAUCCCUAUUGAGGUGAUCCCAAUGGCCUAUGUCCCAGUCAGCCGAGCUGUGACCCGAAAGUUUGGAGGCGAGGUUGAACUUCGAAUGGCUGUCAGCAAGGCUGGUCCUGUGGUGACAGAUAAUGGGAAUUUUAUCCUGGACUGGAAGUUUGACCGGAUACACAAAUGGAGUGAAGUAAAUACAGCUAUCAAAAUGAUCCCAGGUGUGGUGGACACGGGCCUGUUCAUCAACAUGGCAGAGAGAGUCUACUUUGGGAUGCAGGAUGGCUCUGUGAACGUGAGGGAGAAGCCUUUCUGUUGACCCUGUGAGGAGCUGGGUGCUCAUGGAGUCCCCCUGCCACAGCCACGGUGGACACACCUCUCCUGGAGCCUUUGCCUUAAUGUACCUUGCCAGGGUGAUCAGCUGGCCGUGCGUGUGGGGGUGGUUGAACCUCAUCCUCCAAAGUUACGUGUCUUUUUAACAAGAGAAAUUUAAACAUAUAUAUUUUUACUAUAAAAAUAUUCAGUUUUUUUAUAAAGUAGAACUUGAUUUCCUAUUUUAUAUGAAACAUCAAAAAAAUAAGUAAACAGAGGGUCAAGACUGUCUUUGAAACCUUUUACUGUGAGUUUGUUGGUCAAACCUCUGAAAUACUGGAUUUGCUAAGAAAUAAAAAUUACAACCUUUCUUUCAGCUGGUGCAGUGAAGGGCCAGCCAGCGUCAUCUUCUGAUGCCUUAAAGGAAACUUGGUUUACUUUUCUGUCACACUGUUUUGUUUUUAGGUAAUUUUCAUUAUUAUUACGCACAAUACCUAGUUACUUUUCACGAUCAGGUUUACAAAAGUCUGUGAGUGAGCAGUGUGGUUUGGGUGUAAACUAUCAGGUGAAACUAUCAGGGUAACUGUUGGAUGCUGUUGUUGGAAGCAACUGGCCAGAAAUACUUGCUGGUCCUGCCAAAGCACUGCCAUGAAAUGUGAAGCACUUAUUUUUUUUAAAUGAUCUUCUUUCUGUUAAUAUAUUUUUUCUGUUGCUUUAAUAUUACUUGCAUGACUUGACAUCAGAAGUUGUCACUUCUCUGUUGUUUGAAGGAUGAAAUAAAAUACUGUUGUGCCAUUUUGA